AUGCGUCCCUACACGGAGCAACCGAUGUGUCACAUGUACAACCAAGGCUACAUCGUGUGCAUUCUCGGGCCGAUGUUCAGCGGGAAAACCACGGAACUCAUACGAAUCCACGAUCGCUACCAAAUCGCCAAGAAGAGCUGCGUUUUGGUGAAAUAUGACGGAGAUGUGCGCUAUGAUGCCGAAUUUGUGACCACUCAUCAGCAACAAAAAGCUCGCGGAUGCACGGAAAUCGAAGUGGUGGCGAUUGAUGAGGGGCAAUUUUUCGACGAUCUCUCGGCUACUUGUGAACAACUGGCAGCUGACGGGAAAAUCGUCAUCGUUGCCGCUUUGAAUGGGGAUUUUCGACGAAGGCCGUUUCCCGAGGUUUCAAAGCUUCUCUCAUACGCGAAUGAUAUCAAGAGCCUCUCAGCUGUUUGUAUGCACUGUGGUACCGACGCCGCUUAUACUUUCAGGAACACAAACGAGAAACAGGUUGAAGUGAUCGGUGGAGCCGAUCUCUAUCAAGCGCUUUGUCGAACGUGUUACUACGCCUCAUCAAUUGCAAAAUGCCAAGAUCAGACGAUCAAAAGCCAAGCUCGACGCUCGUGCAACGGA